AUAACUCCCUUACAGGGGCGGACUGACAACUCAUGGGGCCCCCGGGCAAUAGGGGAUCAUGGGGCCCCUGUGUCUUUGCCCAAAUUUAAAAAAGCCUAUGAAAAAGGUACCAGGGGCAUCUCAUGGGGCCCCCUACUGACCCCGGGCCCUCGGGCAGUGCCCGAGUUUCCAAAUGGUCAGUCCGCCCCUGCUCCCUUAUUAUGUAGUACAGAAUGUAGGGGUGUCCAUGCCGUAUAGUAGAAGUAGGGUGCUGGUCACCUUCCUGUAAAGAAGAGGAUCCCUACAUAACCACAGCAGGUGGACAUUUUUGUUAUUUUUUAUUU